AUGCCGACGCUUCAAUUCUCAGAGGGUCUCAGCCCACCGCAGCCAAUCCUUCAAAGGAAACAGCUGUUGAACCACAUCAUUGAUGGAUUUGCCCAAACUCGCCCAGAAUCUGUGUGGGCAAAAGUGCCCAAGAAUUCUACUAGCUACAAUGCUGGAUACCGCAAAAUUACGUACAAGUUGAUGGCAAACGCAGUCAAUGGGCUGGCGUGGUGGAUCAAAAGAGAAUUAGGAGAGUCAAAAACGUUUGAAACACUUGCCUAUUUUGGAAAUUGGGAUCCACGAUACUGUAUAUUGAUGUUAGCUGCCGUGAAAGCUGGAUACAAGGUAGAUUUUGAAAGGUUCAGACACUUUGGUCUAACUAACGGAAAACAGAUGAUCUUUCCUUCACCUACUUAUGCGAUUGCUGGGGUCACACGACUAUUGGAUCGAGUGGAUUGCAAAUGCAUUUUGAUGUCUUCUGGUCAGCUAGAUAUCAUCAAGAAGCUUUCCCAACACACCGGGCGUCAACUCUACAGUAUUCCGAGUUUCGAAACCCUUCUUAACGAAGAAUAUCCGCACUAUCCAUUCGAUAAAACAUUCGAGAGCGCAAGAGAAGAACCCCUAGUUAUGGUUCACACUUCAGGAACAACCGGAAUGCCCAAGCCGUUAAUUUACACCCAUGACUGGGUCGCAACUUGGGUUGAACAAUGUCAAACGAGCCCAAUAGAAGGACACAUGAGUCUUGAGUCUAUUUGUUUUGGAAUCGAAAUUUGCGCAGUUGGACCACCCAAUCACGUUCGUUUCUCAAACUCGUGAAGUACCAGUUGUUCUCCACUGACUUAUCACAGAGUAGCAAUUUCUACCCAAACAUUUUUGCCGCUAUACCAAACCAAAUUGUGGUGAUCUUUCCUUUACCAGAAGCUUCGUUCACGUUUGAGACUGCUAUGGAAAUGAUCAGGGGAAAUGAUCCGUAUCUUCUUCUUGCACCGGCGCACAUUUUAGAUGGAAUAGCUUCGGAUAAAAAGUACAUUGAAGAAGUCCCCUCUAAAGUAAAAUGGAUUGCAUUCGGUGGCGGUCCCCUAUCCAAACCCACAGGUGCUAUCCUAACCGAGUGUUUCCAACUAUUUGGAAUGUAUGGAACAAGCGAAAUGGGGACGGUGCCUAAGAUUGUUCCAACAGGGCCUUGGAAUAGGCGUUCUUGGAACAGCUGGAAACCGCAUUCAAUUAGGAACAUGUCAUUCCGACAGAUACAAGGCGGUGACAGCUAUGAAGCAUGGAUCACUAAGAACAAGGAAGCCGAAGAGGAGCAACCUGUUCUCAAGAUGUUUCCUGAGCUGAAUGAAUGGUCCACGAGAGAUAUGUUCACGGCUGAUCCUCAUCGAGAGGGUUUCUGGUCGUACCAAGGCUGA